GUAAAUUUAUUAAUGAAAUUCAUGUAACUUGUCUUAACAUUUUAAAAAUUAACUAUAAGCAAAUAUAUAUUUAUGUAUAGAAUAGUUGAUUCUUAAUGGUCUCACUUUAAGUAUAAAUUUGUCCAGAUGACUGUGGAUAAUGAAACUAGUGAUCAACAAGUACUUUUUGCGACAGGAGGUUAUGAUCAUACAAUUAAAUUAUGGCAACCACAUACAGGAAAUUGUGAACGUACAUUUACAGAGACAGAAUUUCAAGUAAAUGCUCUGGACAUUACACCAGACAAAUAUUUUAUAAGUUCAGCAGGGUAUCAACAUAUUCGAAUGUAUGAUUUGGCAACAAGUGAUCCUAAUCCUAUAGUUACCUAUGAAGGUGGUUCCAAGAAUAUCAGCGGAUUUGGCUUUCAGGAAGAAGGGAAAUGGAUGUACACUGGAGGAGAAGAUUGUUCUGCACGGAUAUGGGAUCUUAGAUUUCUCAACGGUAAAUGCCAAAGAAUAUUUCAAGUCUCAGCCCCUGUAAAUUGUGUAUGUUUACAUCCUAAUCAAGCAGAAUUAGUAGUGGGUGAUCAAAGCGGUGUUAUACAUUUAUGGGAUCUUCGUUCGGAUCAUAAUGAACAAUUGAUACCAGAAACAGAAGCUUCUAUUCAAGAUGUAACAAUAAAUCAAGAUGGUACAUAUAUGGCUGCUGUAAAUAAUAAAGGUCAUUGUUACAUCUGGACACUUUCAGGAGGUAUAGGAGAAGAACCAACUAAACCUAUUCCUCGUCAUAAACUUGUAGCUCAUAAGCGUUAUGCCUUACGUUGUAAAUUUAGCCCUGAUUCUACCCUGCUCGUGACUACAUCCGCUGAUCAAACCGCCAGAGUUUGGAGAACCACAGAUUUCUCUGAAGUACAGGUACUUCAACACGAAGCUAAACGUUGGGUUUGGGAUGCAGCCUUCAGCGCGGAUUCACAAUACAUAUUCACUGCUUCUUCUGAUGGAAUUGCAAGAUUGUGGAACGUUUCAACGGGAGCGAUAGUACGUGAGUAUAAAGGUCACCAGAAAGCAGUAACAGCCUUGGCGUUUUAUGAAGAAGCUGUAUCUAUGGCUUAAUAAUUAAAAAAAAAAAAGU